AUGGAUGGCAUGGAUUUCUCUCUUGACAUCCUAGAAAGGAACGCUUGGGAUGCAGACGACCAGUCUGAAAUUUCUGAGUUGGUGACUGCAAACGACAAUUUUGAGGCAGCAUGGCGUAACGAGGAAGAAUCACCUGGGCAACCCGCGAGCGCAGGUGAUGAAGCGCAGGCACCUACCUGCGCUUCCGAUGAUCAGAUGGUCUGUGAAGAAUGCGAAACUCGUCCUGCUGUCUGGUACUGUAAGAAGUGCGGCACUUAUUGUGACGAGUGUUGGCUACACCCUGGGCCAUACAAGAGAAAAAGCCCUUUGCAUCAAUUAGUCAGUUGUAAGGACCUGUUUACCAGACUACAAAGCUGUACAAGGACUCACUGGCGAAGUAAACUAUUUGAAAGGGUCCUGGACCCCGACCUGUCGAACCUAGACACGCUACAUCGGGAUGAUGACGAUAGCUUGUGGUUCUCUGUCGAUGGUGAUACUGGCUCGCUUGAGCUUCGGGAGUUCCCACGUUUCGUCGCUAUUAUGUCCGAACAUCAGAGGCAGCAUUCACCUCAAGCACCCCCUUAUCCUCGCCUUGUAUCCUUUAUUAGCAAGAAUGGGGAAGUAAUGGUGCCAUAA